UUAAAGAAGAAAAAGCUUAAAGCUUUGGGUUUGAUUUCAUUUCUUCUACCGACUGGUUUUCUGCUUUCAAUCGCCAUGGAUUUGCUAAUCUAUGGCGUCCCUAAGCUCUUGUUCGCGUUUUAUCUCGUUUCUGUUGCUGGAUUCUGUGCUGCAUUGCAGGAUACUCCAAUAGUUUCCACUGCCAAGCCCUCCAAUUCGUCGAAUACAGUUCAAAUCAACUCCAAUUCCGUUCUGGUAGCACUUCUCGACUCACAUUACACAGAACUUGCAGAACUCGUCGAAAAAGCUCUUCUUUUGCAGACAUUAGAGGAAGCAGUCGGCAAGCACAACGUCACCAUUUUUGCUCCCAGGAACGAAGCUCUGGAACGAGAUCUCGACCCUGAGUUCAAGCGAUUCCUUCUCGCCCCUGGUAAUCUCAAAUCUCUUCAAACUCUCUUAAUGUUUCACGUUAUCCCCAAACGGAUCGGAUCCAACGAGUGGCCCAAGAAAGCUUCAAAGUCAGCCAAGCACAGGACUCUCGCACACGAUCAUGUACACCUCACCUGUAAGGAUUCCGACAAGAAGGUCGAUACCGCGGCGGUCAUCCAUCCAGACGCUGUGAUCCGUCCAGAUGGUGUCAUUCACGGGAUCGAACGGCUGUUAAUCCCCCGAUCUGUCCAAGAAGACUUCAACCGCCGUAGAAACCUCCGUCAAAUUACAGCAGUUAAGCCCGAAGGAGCACCAGAGGUUGACCCUAGAACACAUCGGCUCAAGAAACAAGCACCGCCGGUGCCUGCAGGUGCGCCACCUGUGCUGCCGAUCUACGACGCAAUGGCUCCGGGGCCGUCACUAGCUCCGGCACCGGCACCUGGUCCCGGUGGUCCUCACCACAAGUUCGACGGCGAAGCUCAGGUGAAGGAUUUUAUCCACACUCUCCUGCAUUACGGUGGAUACAACGAACUCGCCGACAUUCUUGUCAAUCUGACUUCUUUAGCCUCUGAAAUGGGGAAAUUGGUGUCGGAGGGUUACGUUCUGACUGUUUUGGCUCCGAACGAUGAGGCUAUGUCGAAGCUGACGACGGACCAGUUGAGUGAACCAGGUGCGCCGGAGCAGAUCGUAUAUUACCAUCUCGUUCCGGAGUAUCAGACGGAAGAGAGUAUGUACAAUGCGGUGAGGAGGUUUGGUAAGAUCCGAUAUGAUACGUUACGGGUGCCUCAUAAGGUUGUGGCCGAAGAGGCCGAUGGGUCUGUGAAAUUUGGGCAAGGCGAUGAAUCGGCGUAUCUGUUCGAUCCCGAUAUCUACACCGAUGGUCGGAUUUCAGUUCAGGGUAUUGAUGGUGUGCUGUUCCCCAUUGAAGAAAAGACGAAAACCGAAACGAAAUUGGUCCAACACACUACUUCUACCACCACUAAAGCUACUGUUAAGCUCAGGAGAGGAAAGCUAAUGGAAGUAACGUGUAGGAUGUUAUGGGCCUUCGGUCAGGAUGCUCGCUUCACCACAUGCCAAUGAAUUCUCUCCCAAAACCUAUAAAAUACAAUUAAAAAGUUGAAAGAAAAAAAAAAAAGAAAAGGUAAAUAUAUCU